AUGUCCCCUGGGUUGACUGUCCUGUUGGGAGCAGUGACCGUGCGUCAUCUCAUGGUGAAGGCAACACUAUCGAUAGCAAACGAAACUCCCGCUACCCUUGAUAAUCCUCUCACAAACUCUGCGCACCACGCAUCGGAAGAGCACUCUCCAACUUCAACCGGACCAUUCAUCUCUACCAGUGCGCAACUACUAAAAGCCUCUCAGCACUCGGAGCAAAGAACACAUUCACGCGCAAAAUCUCACACUUCACCUCGGCGCAUGAUCUACUACCAGUGCUCUACCGAAGCGCUCAACCUCGAAAUUCGACGCCGUGGCUACAUAUUCAUCGGCUGUCGCGACCAGCUCAGUGAGGCCCUACAAACAGACGACAAUGUCCGGGGCUCAGAUGCCACAACGGUGACGACAGAAGUCUCGGGUCCCUUUGUGCCGCGCGAGCUCAACUCAUCGCGCACUGCCGAAUUUGGAAAAACAGCGAUGGUCAAUUCGCUGGUGGGCGAGAAAAUCGUGUACUGGUCGAUGAACACAUUCUUCCCAGUCCUGCAACUAUUCUUUGAGUCUGGUCGAUCAUGCAUCAUCGAUGGUGGCCGUCUUUCCAGCGCGGAGAUUGGACUCGACCCUGCGCUGCGCUUUCGCCUUACCGAAUGUACUUAUGAGGAAGACGGACGCAUUGUGAAAUCCAUACGUCCUGAGCGGUUUGCCCACACUGGCGGCGGAAUCCGGAUCCUUGAAGCUAUCAUCGCGCAGCGGAAGAGUAUUGCGGUAAGAUCUCAAGCAUCUGGAACUGGUGUCUAUACACCUCUGCUUACCGGAUCAACAAUCGUUCAUGAGAUCCACACUGUGGUCGGUUUGAAACUCGACGGCAUGAGAGAUGUGGCCUACGUGUGGGCGAAAUCAUCAAAUUCUUCCGCUACGGGCGAGAAGCACUGGGGGGACGUUAGACCUGCUGGUCCUAGGGACGAUAUCCCAGCUCCUUGUCUCGGCUUUCCCAUGCACCUGAUCAAGCCCGGUUGCGAAGUCCCGGUAUUUUCUAAAGAGUGCCAGGUCAGCAUUGGUCGCUACUGA